AUGACCGACGCCCAGCCCGAGAUGAAGAUCGACCCGGCGAGAGCAAAGGCUCUCAUUUCCCAGCUGCAGGCGGUGCAGGAGCGCGUCGCCGCCGUUGCUGCGGGGCGGAAUGUCCGGCUGGUGGCCGUCUCCAAGCUGAAGCCCGCCAACGAUAUCCUGGCGCUGCACCAGGCGACGCCGCCGCAGGUGCACUUUGGCGAGAACUACGCGCAGGAGCUGGGGCAGAAGGCGGAGAUGCUGCCGAGAAGCAUUCAGUGGCAUUUCAUCGGUGGAUUGCAGUCAACACACGCCAAGAAGCUGGCCAAGAUCCCGAACCUCUUCUGCGUCUCGAGCGUGGACACCCUCAAGAAGGCCCAGCUCCUCAACGCCGCCCGCGCGGAGCUCAUGUCCUCGCCGCCCGACGACGGCGGCGCCGCCCCGGUGGAGCCCCUCGGCGUGCACGUCCAGGUCAACACCUCGGGCGAGGAGUCCAAGUCGGGCGUGGCGCCGGGCCCGGAGACUGUGGCGCUGUGCCGGGCCGUGGAGACCGAGUGCCCGGCGCUGCGGCUGCUGGGCCUGAUGACGAUCGGCGCCAUCGCGCGGAGCAAGGCGACGACGGCGGAGAACGAGAACGAGGACUUCCUGUGCCUGCGGGCGCAGAGGGAGCUGGUGGCCGGGGAGCUGGGGCUGGAGAGGGAGCUGGAGCUGAGCAUGGGCAUGAGCGAGGACUUUGAGGGCGCCGUGAGGCUGGGAAGCGGGGAGGUGAGAGUGGGCAGCACAAUCUUUGGGGAGAGGGGGCCGAAGAGCGAGGCGAAGAUUGUGGUUUAA